AUGUCCCGUUAUGAACAGGCAAAGUCAUUUUGCACAACUAUUUUAGACAAUGAAACGGCAAGGACGAAGAAUAGCGAGACUUUCGUUACUCUUACGUACGCCCAAAGUCUCGAUGGUAAGAUAUCCGGGCGUGGCGGUCAAAUGUUAACUUUGAGCUGUGAAGAAUCAAUGAUAAUGACUCACAGAUUGAGGACCCUACAUGAUGGCAUACUAAUUGGUAUCGGCACCUUAUUGAACGAUGAUCCUCGAUUGACAGCGAGAUUACUGGAUUCCGGCGAAGAAUCGUCUGUUCGGCAACCGCAACCAAUAAUAUUAGAUUCAAAACUACGUUUCCCUCUUUCGGCCAGAAUAUUAUCAUCGCAAGGGUGCAAAGCACCUUGGAUCUUUACAAGUCAAAGUCAUGAUAUUGAUAAAAGACAUUUAUUAGAACAAGCCGGCGCAAGAGUUAUCCCUAUCGAUUCUGGUCCUGAUGGUCAACUUUCAAUAGAUCACCUUCUGAAAACUUUGAGUUCUCCACCAUUCUCAAUAUCACGCUUGAUGGUAGAAGGUGGAGCUCAAGUGAUAAGCUCUUUCCUGAAGUCUGGGUUGGUGAAUCUAUUGAUUGUUACCAUUGCUCCCGUCUUGGUUGGCGCGAAUUCCAUAUCUGUCACGUGCGAAAGGUCGGAUAAAGAUCGUGAAAAUGAAAAUGAUGGCGAUAAGUUUCCCCCGUUAAGCAUAAUUGAGUAUAAACAAUUCGGUAAAGAUAUUGUCAUGGUUGCAAAUGUAUUUCCCCUAGAAAAGUGA